AUGAUAACUAGCGGUGUCUUCGCAACUGUUGUGCUCGCAAAGACGGUGAUGCGUGCGAGGUCUAGAAAGAAAGAAACUUCCCACCAAUCCUCUUUGUUAUUUGAAGACUGGAAGAUAAGUUUCAACUUACCUCCAAAACUUAUUGUGAGGUGUGCUGUUUGUUGGCGUCGACGCACUGCAAAUGGAUAUUGGUGUCAAUACUGUGAAUCUCGUAGAUUUCGCGAAAAUUUUUCUACUUGGACAAGUGGAAAUUGUAAUUUUGCACAUGAUGCUUCAUUGGCUUUGGAGAUUGCCAAGGGACUAAGACCGCAAAUAUUAGAAGGAACUCCUAAAAAAUAUGUUGAAUUAAUGAAACUCUGUUGGCAAAUGGAUCCAGAAGGACGACCUAAUGCAGCCGAAUUAGUGAAGAAAUUAGAAAUGCUAAUGAAUGAUCAAGAGAUUAAUAACGGUGUUGUGCUUGCUAUGCAUAUUGAUGAGGCUUAUCAUCCUGAUGCUGUAUAUACAAGUAGGGCUUUGCAGUUUCCAGAUUUGAAGAAUGCCAAGUUUGAUUCCAACUCUGGAGAUAUUGGAAAUGAUACAAAUGUAUAUAUAACCAAACAAUUUGAAUUAUCACUAGAAAAUCUUCCACUUGAUUAA